UGGUUGCGACCCCCGUUCGCCACUCCAAGGGGUGUGUGAUGCGCGUGUGGAAAUUGCUCCUCUCAGCUUGCGCGGAAAAUUCGCGCCGUGUCGACCACCCCGUCGACCGUCAAAGAUGUCGUCCGAUUGCCUGACGGUCGUGGAUGUGCCGGAGGAGCGCUUCGACGAGGCGAUCCACCAUCUCAAGUGGAACUUCUUCGCCGACGAACCACUCAACAAUGCCGUCGGGCUCUGCACCAAGGGCGAGCCGCAGCGCGAGCUCGAGAGACACUGCCUGCUCACCUUGAAGCAAGGCUACUCAAGGAUGCUGCUGGAUAAGAAGGGAGCGAUAGCGGGUAUGGCACUAAAUGGCAUAUUGAAGAAGGGCGAACGCGAGGAGGCAGAACGGCGCCUCGCCGAGUUGAACGACAAAAAAUUCAGGACCAUCUUCGGAUUGCUUUACAAAGUAAACGAGAAGGUCGACCUGUUCGCCAAGUACAACGUCGACGAGCUGUUCGAGUGCCGGAUCCUCAGCGUGGACGAGAAUCAUCGCGGUAAAGGCCUGGCGAACAUCCUAAUGGCGGACUGCGUGGAAACCGCGAAGAACGCCGGUUUCAAGAUAUUCAAGGCCGACGCGACCGGCGUAUAUUCGCAGAGGGUCUGCUUGAAACACGGCUUCCAGGUGGAGGCGGAGAUCCCGUAUACGGAGCUGGAUGAAUCUAUUAGACCAGCGCCGCCUCAUCAGGCGCUCAAGCUGAUGGUAAAGCUACUGGAUUGAAGCUAAAUGAGGAGAAAUUUCGAAUCGAGGCUCUGAGAACAGAAAGAUGGAUCAAGCCGCGCCGAUUCACCACAAGUCUCGGGGGAAACGGAAUCUAAAGUUUUUCGAGAGCAUACUUGAAUGUUAUUUCAUUGUGCUCUCUAAAUUUCUUCGAGUUAAAUCUUACUCGAAAAGUAGAGCGACAAUAGAGUUAUUCACGAAGCCUAGUGGUUUUUUACUCGCGCAGAGUGAAUUUUUCAAUUCAAGUGAUAUUUUUAUUCGAAACUGAAGUGAAACCGACAUGUUCCACAAGAGAAUUAAGUCACUCUAAUCAAUUAACCAGUUAGCUGUAUUGCUCUCUUUUAAAAGUGUGUACCUAAAUUGUGUUGCAUGACGAGUAUACUCGUUAUAACGCUAAAAAUUGCCUUAACCAGUUAGCUGUGUUGCUCUCUUUUAAAAGUGUAUACCUAAAUUGUGUUACAUGACGAGUAUACUCGUCAUAACGCUAAAAAUUGCCAUUUCUUCAUGACAAGUAUGCUCGUCAUACACAGCUAACUGGUUAAACCAUUCACCUAUGUGGACUAAAAUCACUCGUCAUCGGUCAAUCCUCACUCGUUUUCAGUGAUAUUUUACUCGAAGAAAUUAAGAAAGAAAUCUCAACAUUUCUUCAAGUAAAAUUCCAGUGGGAAUAUUAAAUGACAGCAGUCAUUUAAAAUCGAAUGGUUUUCCACUUAUACAAAGUUUUCUACUCUGAAUCUCGAAUAAAUAUUUUCACUCGAAAUUGAAAAGUGAGGAAAUCUCAUGUACUCUAUCGUAACAAGACAAAAUCAUUUUAAUGGAUGAAACCAUUCAAUCGUAUAAAUUAAGAUGCAUCCUAAGUUUGAGUGAAACAUUCAUUCUUGCGUUUCCAAAUGGCGGUACUCUCAUUAUCGCUUUGAGUGAUUUUUCACUCGUUUGCAAUAUUUCACUCCAAGAAUUUUAGAGAGCACUCUCAAAAUUUCCUCGUAUAAAAUCCCAGUAAGAAAGUAGACGGACAGCCGAGUCAUUUAAAACCGACUGACUUUUCACUCAUACAGAGUGAAUUGUUCUACUCUGAAUCGUCGAGUAAAUACUUCUACUCGAAAUUGAAAAGUGAUUCCGAUGUGCUCCACCGUAACAGGAACAAAUUCACUCUAAUCGAUUGUAACAAUCUUUUAUAUGGAUUAUGAAUCCAUUUCAAGUUUGAAUGAAACAUUCAUUCUAGCGAUUUCGAGUGAAUAUUUUCGCAAUCGCUUUGAGUGAAUUUUCAUUCGAUGUGAAUGCGACUUCACUCCAAGAAAUUUAGAGAAUACAGUCCGUCGUUCGAUCGCGUGAUAUCAUAUUGGUGUUAAAGCGAUACACACGCUAAUUAAUUAACUAAUAUUACUAAACUAUACCGUACAAAAAAAGAUUCGAAGAAUGGCGUUGUGCAUGUUUUAAAGACACACGGUCAGGCAGCGAAAAAAAAUCGCACUUUUAUUACAUUACAUAUCCAGUAUCUAAUAAGAAAAUUAUAUUUUAAGAAUUAUGAAGUAAUAGUACUGAUGCCCGGAUAUGAUCCUGGACAUUCUUAUUUGUUUUGGUCUUAAAAUAUAAAUAUUUAAAUGUUCAACAUAAAAUAUAUGCAUAAGUAUUGAGUACAUUCCAUGUCUUGAAAGUUUAAAUAUUUAAAGACCAAAAUAAUAAGAAUGUCCAAGAUUAGGUACAUAUCCAGGAAUUGUGGUACCUUUUCCUUACUGAAAAAAAUGAAUUCUCUUAUCGGAUAUUGAUAUGUCUUGAAACUUAUUGCAAAAGAAAAAAAGUAUUGCAAAUUUUUUUCACUGAUUAAACCGCCGAACCGGGCUUCUCGAUCCGCUUGGUGUUCUUCGGCAUUUCGGUUAAACCGAGGCGAAGCAUGAGAGAGAGCGCAAAGUAGAUAAGUACAUAAUGUGUGUAUCGUCGUAUGACAAUAACAGCUCUCUGUCUAAUGUGUAUGUCUCUCGGGUGUGCCGCGAGAAAAGCGCGGCGAUGCCCGCUCAUAGAGUAGGGAUGUGCGAUUUUGCGAUAUAUAGCAAGCAUUGCGAUUUUCUUUUCUUGAAUCGCAAUGCUAUACAUAAUGUGACUCUUAUCGCAAAAUCACUCGUUAUUUUAAUUAAAUAUUUAUGCAUAUAUCGUGCGACACAUAAUCCAUGAUACUUUACACUAUCUAAUCCAAAUUUAUACACUUAGAGGCAUGAUGGGAUUAUGCCAUUGACAGCCUUAAAAUGUUAAAUUGCAUAAUUUCUUUAUAUAUAUAUAUAUAUAUAUAUAUAUAUAUAUAUGAUUUUUAUAUAUUUUUUAUAUAUGUUUCAGAAGAUUGAAAGAAUACUACACUCUCUUAAUAUUGAUUGUCAUUAAUAUUUUAAUAAAAAAGGUAGUCUUAUUGUUUCAUGGGAAAAAUAUCAAUAAAUAAUUAUAAUUAAUUAAACGUGCAAUAAUACAUCUUUAUAUAUAUAUAUAUAUUGCAUGUCUUAAUAAGACACUUUUAAAAACGUUUUAAAAUUAAUGAUUUGAUAAAAAACAAGUUUUGUAAAAUGUCUCCCAUUUUGCCCCGCAUAGAAAGCAUAAUGAAAUUAAGUCAUGUAAAGUAAAAUCAUUUAACUUCAUUAUACUUUCAUUUUUAAGUAUUCUUUCACAGUAAAAUUUGUGUUUUCUUAUAGUGGACAUUUUAAGUAAUAUUUUGAUGCAAUACGAAAAGAGAGUUGAUUUUAUUUAAUUUUUAAUAUAUUUAACAUUUAUUUAAAUAUUUAUUUAAAUACGACUCCCAUCAUACCCUACACUGAGAGAAAAUUAUAGUUGCUUUCGGUGUUAACAAUACUCUUCUGUAAUUUUAGCCACAAAAAUAAUUAUAAAAACUAUUGUUUUAGUAAGUGUUAUUAAGAAAGAUAGUUCUUCUAGUUAUUUUUGUUGUUAAAAUCACAAAAAAGUAUAGUUGAUGCCGAAAGUAACUAUAAUUAUUCUCUCAGUGUAGGUUCCCUUAUGAUUAAAAACCGCGUCAGCGAUUUAAAAUUAUAUUUGCGAUACAAAAUUGCGAUGCGAUCGUAUUCAUCGAUGUAUCGUAUUCAUCGCGAUUCUUAAAAGAGAUCGCAUCGCGAUGCACAAUUUCAUAAAUCGCACGUCCCUGUCAUAGAGUCGUAUUUAUUCGUAAUAAGAGAAAAGAAAAGCAAAGCAAGAAAAAAAAACAUAUGUAUCGGGCAAUUCACCCGUAGCACGUUUCGCAAAUGUCUCCGAGGUCGGAGGUUACUGCCCCGCCCGUUGUUAGUGCGUAAAUGUUUUGAACGAGGUGUCGUUGUUAAAGAAACAAAGAGAAACAUUCGUAUACCACGCCGAGGGGUCCGCUGAAAGUUUACUGGGUGUCUACCAACGCGGACUCCCCGUCCUGUUCUGCAUUUCAACGCGAGAUUCGUUUAAUCGACACGGCCAAACGCUCCGUGGUGCAAAGAGGAAGCAAAGAAAAAAAAGAACGGAGAUAUACGAGGUAUACUUCUGGAAUCGCGUGUUACAUGUCGCGAGGAAGAGAGAUAUAGCAACUGAUCGCCGCGCGAGAGAUAUUAGGUACCGGUGACAAUAGUUUCUCCGAUCAGAAGGAAAGAAGAAAAAAUGUCAAAUGUUGUAGCUUGACAUUUCGCUACUUUAACUCGACACCCGAUAUAUAUCGUGUCCUCUUCUCCGGAGUGGACAACAGUGUUAUGUUGCGAUGAAAAAUUCGAUAUUGUCUUCUUGUAUCGAGUGACCAUCGAUACCAGUGCUGGGAUUCUGUAACUCGUUAUUGGAGUUAACGAUAGUUUCGUUAUCGUUGCGCAGCUUUUCUACGGUAUAUAAAAGCUUGAAGUUAACUCCAAUAACGAGUUACAGAAUCCCAGCACAGCUCGCGAAGUAACGUCGUUAUCGUCACAAAUUACUUCUUUUCAAUAACGGCUUGGUAACGACGUUACUUUUUUCUGUCAAAGAUGAUAACGGUAACUGGAAAUGUGCAAACUAUUCGAAUUUAAUCAACUGAAAUUCGGUUCGAUUCAAAUCCCUAUGAUUCGAAUCCGAAUCGAAAAUAUUCGAAUACGGAUCGCGCACAUUAGCAUUAACGAAGUACUAUUAAGUGGAUUGAAGAGUCAGAUUGCCUGAAAAUCGUGCUUGUUCUUUUACAAUUUUUUAU